UAUGAGUAAUACCUAACCUAGACUGAUCCUUCCGUGUUUGAGUCGCGCGGUAUUCUAACCUCCACGAAACCGACACGCGUGCUAAUGAAGUAAAGCACAAUCUCACAUGGUCUCAUAAUCAUUUGAACGGUGAAUAGGAAGAUGACACUGACAGACACACCGCCGUCUUCUCCUUCUGUAGAAGUAGAAAUGGACGAGGAUGAGCUGGUAUACGUCGGAGAUGCUGACGAGGUUAUAGAAGCCCUCGAACGAGACGAGAGAAACGAAGACUCCGAGGAAGAGGCCGAAAGUUACGAGGAACAACCGAUCAAGGACGACGCCGCCUAUGUGUUUCGUAACCAUGACGGGUCUGUGUUCUGUGGAGCUUUGAAUAAAGAUGGAACGCUAGCUGCAACUGGCGGGGAAGAUGAUAAAGCGUAUGUCUGGGAGGUUUCCUCGGGACGAGUUGUACUUGAUUGCACCGGCCAUUCGGAUAGUGUUACCUUUACCGAAUUCAACCACGAUGGGUUUUAUCUGGCAACUGCGGAUAUGAACGGCAUUAUUCAGGUGUGGAAAAUGAGCAACAAGAUUCUUAUCUGGGACUACAACAUUGGCGAUAUGACGUGGAUGCGGUGGCACCCGAUGGCUAACAUUCUAUUCGCUGGAGCAUUAAGCGGUGAAUUAUACAUGUGGAAAAUACCUAGCGGAGAAUGUAAAAUAUUUCAGAGUCACGGUCAGCGGGUUGAACAAGGGGUUGUUAUGCGUGAUGGCAAACGGAUCACAGUUGGUUAUGAGGACGGUACACUAAGAAUAUUCGAUCUGAAAUCCGGAGCAGUACUGUCAUCGAUUUCCUCUGAAUUUGGCCAUAACUCCACGAUAACCGCCCUUGACUGUAACUCUGAUAAUAAUCUGCUAAUAUCAGGUGGAAUGGAUGGAAAAACUAUUCUCUCCACUUCGCAGUCUGGCAAGGUCACUUGUGUCCUUCAAGACCUGAAAGCAAACAUCUCUGCUGGUGGCGACGAAGAUGCUGAGGGUAACGCAGGAAAUUGGGUAGAAACGGUGUCAUUUUGCAAAGAUCCAGAGUAUCCAGUUGCUGCCACAGGCACAGUAAAUGGACAGAUAUUCAUUUGGGAUAUCGCAAAACAGAUGACUCGGCACGAGAUCCAGCAGGACAGUGGCAUAAGCAAGCUGGUUUGGCACCUGAAUACAACACGGUUGUACUCGUCGGGUCUUGACGGAGUGGUGAGAUCGUUUGACGCAAGAUCUGGUGAAGAGCUUCGCUCCUAUACGGGACAUCGCGCGGAUAUUCUCGAUUUGGUAAUCUCUCGCGAUGGAAAGACGAUGCUAACCACUUCGGAUGACUCCACUGCCCGGAUAUUCAAUAUCGGUGAUCCAAAUUGACGCAUAACAAAAGAGGAUUUAUUUCUAAUUGGCCCCAGAAACGCGAGUUUUCAUAUUUGAGAAAACGAUUUUCGAAUAACAUACGAUAGUGGAUAAUUACCCGUGAUU